AUGUAUUCGUUUUCAGUCAUUCUGAUCGCUUUCAUGCACAGUGUUUGUCCUGCUGUGGGAAAAACCGUAUCAGGAGUGUUUCGGAGCGACACAGCGAGGGAAAACAAUGGGCAAUAUAUUACAAGAUUUCUGUAUCACGGGGAGAAUGGCAUGAUGGCUUACAGACUGGAGAACGUGCCCUUGGCAGUGCAGAAGGAGGCCAGGCUGCUGCUGUUUCAGGGCCUGGAGGGCUUUGACAACUUAAGUUGUCUGGACAGAGUGUCAGCAGCUCGGCUUACUAUCACCCUGAGCUCAGAAGAGCACAAUGAGACCAUACCUCGGCAGGUGAGCCCCCAGGCCUGGCAUGUGAUGUAUGCAGAUCGCUACACCUGUCAAGAAGAGGAGAUGGAUGGAGUGAUUGAGGGUGUGGGCUUUCAGCUCACCAUGUUAAACCCAGACUCUGCAGGCAAUCCACUGGACCACUUCAGCGCUGAGGAGGCCGGUUUACAUAGCUUUUACUUCAUGCUGAUCCUGGCCUAUUUUGUGGCCUGCUGUAUCUACAUACAGCCACUGUGGCAGGCUUUGAAUAAGGGUGGUCCCAUGCAUACUGUACUCAAGGUCCUGUCUACAGCACUUUUACUGCAAGGUCUAUCUGUGCUCUUUAACUACAUUCACAUGGCCAGGUAUGCUAGAGAUGGGGUGGGAACUCCUUUAAUGGGCAGCCUAGCAGAGUUGUGUGACAUGGUGGCGCAAGUGCAGAUGCUGUACAUGUUGCUGAGUCUGUGCAUGGGCUGGACGCUGAGCCGAGGCAGGAAGUCCCAGAGUAAGCCCCUGCAGUGGGACUCCUCCCCUGCAUCCACUGCUCUCGCUCUUGGUGGAGUUGUCACACAGGGGGCGCUUCUGAUCUGGGAGCAGUUUGAGGAUACCGAGCACCAUAGUUAUCAUGCUCACCGCAGUCUAGCUGGCUUACUACUGAUGGCACUGCGUGUGUCCCUUGCUCUACUACUUGCAUCCGUAUUGUACCAGAUUAUCUCUGCAGAGAGGAGCACACUCAAGAGGGACUUCUAUCUCAGUUUUGCAAAGGGCUGUUUCCUGUGGUUCCUUUGUCAUCCAGUCCUUGUUUUCCUUUCUGUAAUAUUCAAUGAGCAUCAGAAAGAAAAGAUCAUAACCAUUGGUGUGAUUCUGUGCCAGUCCAUCUCUGUGGUCAUCUUGUACAGGCUCUUCCUUUCUCGAAGUCUUUACUGGGAAGUGUCAUCUCUGUCCUCUGUCACACUCCCCCUCACCAUGUCAAGGGGGCCUCGGAGCCGAUACUGAAGAGCAGGAAGUAACCGCAACACUGUGACUCCUGCUGUAAGGGGUACAGAGGAGAGGACAGCGCUCUGCUUACACUAAACGGAAGAGCAUCGUAGAGAGAAAAGUCACAUGUGUAUGCACAGGUAUACACAUAAAUAAACACGUGCAUUCUCUUAUACACAGCUUUGCAGAGGAGCAAGAGUCAGUACCUGCUGGGCCUUGGUUAAAAAUAAGCCCCUGUAAGAUGUACUGAGGUAAAUACAUGGGAAUGAGUUUUCCCUUCAGGCUGCAGACUACAGAUGUUUCUGAGAAUUUUUUAACUGAAAAGGGACAUAAAAAUCAUACAAUUAGUGUAGAACUUUAUGGACAAGCAUACAGUUGAUGGAAUAGAGAAUGGUCAUAUUCUUGGUAUUUCAAGAUUCUUGGUUCUUCAAGAGCUUAUCAGAUAUUCUGCAUUUUAUGGCCUUUUAUUUGUGGUUUAAAGGUCUGCCUGUUCAGAUCAAAGCUAUACAUUGAAUUCAAGAAUUUAGAUUACACAGCUGGGAAUGUGUUACUGGGUCACAUGCACCACUGGGUGCCUCUGUCUAUAAUGACUUCAUGUGAAUCAUUAGGCUCCGUGAGAUAAGAGUAAAUUUGGCGUCUAUUGGAAAAAGCCCAUUAAAUCAUGGGCUCUACAAAUUACUGUGUAGAGCAAUAGGGUACAAAAGCAUUUGCACACAGCACCAAUACAACAUGCAGCAUGCUUUUUAGGCUAUACUUGAAUAAAAAUGCCAAUGGUUGUGGUCUGAAUUACUAAGUACAUUCAUCUUGUACAUGGUUUGUUUCAUUUUCACAAGUGCCUGAAAUGACAAUCACUUUGCCAGUGAAGAAGGACUUGUGUUGUUUUUGGGGUUAAUGACAAAUAAAUAUAGAGGAUAUUUAUUGAUCUGUUGAAUUGUUUACACUCUUCACAAGCAAAGACUUAAGUCUAUGGAAAUAACUGUUACCUUAAGCAUGGUUUGUAAAUGAUUACUGUAAUGCAUAAAACAUUUUUGUUAAUAAAUAUCUUGUGAAUAUA